CCCUUUGCAAAAAAAAUCACUGAGAAGGAAAGAAGGCAACUGCCUGGAUCCUACCUUUUUGAUUCGUUUCCUAUUUUUUUAGAAUUGUGCCUGAACUCUCAACAAAGAUAAUUUUAUCACCAAGAGAUACACAUGUUCACAGCAUAAAUGCUGGUUUCCACAACAGUGAUGGCAAGCAGUAUGGAUUCAGAGGGGGACCAGGCAGUGCCUGAUGGAGGAGAACCUGAUGUGAAGACAGUGCAAGCUCACUAUCUUCGAAGUCCUUCGCCUAGCCGAUAUUCAGUGCUAUCAGACGCGGAGACUGAGAGCAUCUUCAUGGAACCCAUCCAUCUAUCAUCUGCUGUGGCUGCUAAACAGAUCAUCAAAGAAGAGCUGAAGACAAAGGAAGUAAAAGUAGACACUGUAUGUCCAGGGAUGCUGGAAUCUGCAGAGCAGUUGCUGAUGGAAGAUCUAUAUAACCGAGUUAAAGAAAAGAUAGAUGAUACUAGCCUGUUCAAUACACCAUGUGUUAUGGACAUACAGAGAGCACUUAUGAAAGACUAUCUGGAAUCACCAAGGGAGGCUAUCGAUGAGGUCUGGCCAAAUAUCUUCAUAGCAGAAAAGAGUGCUGCGGUAAAUAAAGGACGGCUAAAGAGGCUAGGAAUUACUCAUAUCCUGAAUGCGGCUCACGGCACCGGUGUAUAUACAGGACCAGAUUUUUAUAAUGGAAUGAAUAUCCAGUACUUGGGCAUUGAGGUGGAUGAUUUCCCAGAUGAGGAUAUCACUAAACAUUUCCGCCCAGCAGCAGAGUUUCUUGAUGAAGCAUUAUUAACCUGCAGAGGAAAAGUUCUGGUCAGCAGUGAAAUGGGAGUCAGUCGUUCAGCAGUGCUAGUAUCCGCUUACCUAAUGAUCUUCCAUCACAUGACAAUAUUAGAAGCUUUAUUGACUAUCCGUAAGAAGAGAGCUAUUUAUCCUAAUGAUGGUUUUCUGAAACAGCUCCGAGAACUCAAUGAAAAGCUACUUGAGGAACGAGAAGAGGAAGAAGAUUCUGAAGACACAACAGAUGGCCAAAGUUCUGUUGUAAGAGCUGGAAGUUGUUCCUUACUAUCUGAGACAGAAGAUUCUAAGAGUAUUGUGGGAGCCAAAGUCCACUCUAUCGUGGUAGAGGAAGAAGACACAACAAGUCUCCUGGGAAGUGCAAUGAGUGCCUCUUCUAUGGGAAAGUUGAGCUUGUUUUCCAAGGAGCCCACUCUUAUCAGUGAAGAGGAGGAAGAAGAACUCUAUGAAGAAUGGAGAAGAAAACAAGGCUUGCCUGCCAAGGAAAUUGUAAAGAAGAAUGUAGAAAGUGAGCCUUCAGACCUAUCACUUCAAGGACAAGUAGAAUCUAAGGAAAAUGUAGAUCAAAUGAUCCAAGCAUGGCAAUGUCAAAAUGAGAAGUACCAAAUGGAAAGCUACAUGUUGUCCAAAGAAGAGGAGUCUAGCAUGGGGCAAAAAUCAUGCCUUGUAAAUGAUACAGUUGAUACUGAAAGUGUGAGUAGCCAAGAAAUCAGGAUCUUGAAACAGGAGCUGGAAGCAAGUGGCAUCAACAGAAUGAGAAGAGGGCGUACAGAUUCUAUGUCUACAGAAAGUAGCUGGGAUAUGUGGAAUGAGAGGAUGAUGGAGAUAGAAAAAGAAGCUUCUAAGAAAUAUUGCUCAAGAGCUAGAUAUAGUGAUGAGAAUCUAAGAUCUGAAAAUGGAACAAGAGGAAGGGAUAUAGAUACCGAAAGUGUAUUGUCUGAUACUAGUUCAUUUUAUAAUUUCUGUCAAAAAAACAAAGACAAGUUGACAGCCUUAGAAAGAUGGAAGAUUAAAAGAAUCCAGUUUGGCUUUCACAAAAAAGAUUCAGAAAUUGAGCAAUCAAAGGCUGAAGACAGUAGCCAACAAAAUAAAGAGUCUACAGAAGAAGAGAAGAGCUUGUCAGAUAUCAAUAUGACAGCCUACCAAGCCUGGAAAACUAAGCACCAGAAGAAAGUUGGUAGUGAGAAUAAGGAUGAUAUUGUAGAGCUUACCAAAGGUGAGGACUCUGCUUGUGCUAGGAGAAAACAGAGAAGAAUGGAGUUACUUGAACACUCAAAGAAGGUUUUGGAGGAAAGCCAGUCUCUCUGUAGCUGGGAGGCAGACAGUUCCAUGAGUGGAAGCAUCCCUUUGUCAGCUUUUUGGCCAUCAAUAGCUUCCGUAAAUGGGACAGAGGAUUCGGCUUCAGCAAUAAGCAUGCAGACCAAUCGCUCAUCUUUUUCUCAGGCUAGAAGCAAUCAAGGGGCUAAGUCAGCAAGUGUGUCUGGCCUGUCCAUUGGCCCAGAUGAAACAAUAUCAAUAGCCAACAUUCAAAAUUGGAUAACCAGUGUUGUUAAUGAAACUAUUGCUCAGAAACAAAAUGAAAUUCUUAUGUUGUCUCGUUCACCAUCAGUAUUGGCUUCCAGUGUUAAGUCAGGUGAUCCAAACAGACAUGUGGAAAAUGACAGGUCUUCUCUGCUUAAAGCACAAACUGGCUUACCUCCAUCUAGUUCUACUUCACUGCUUCAUCGAGACCCUCAGUAUGCUGACACGCAAUCCAUCCUAUCUUGUAACACUUCAGUGAGUAUGGAAGACUCUGUCUCAAGUAGGAAAAUAACUGAGACAAGCAAGCCUCUUUUCAGCCUUUUUGCUGAUGAGGUAGACCUGAAGAAACUUAGCAGAAAGGAAAGGGAGAGGCAAGCAGAAAUGAGAGAGAAGAUAUCAGAUUACCAAACUGAGAAGCUUAUCAGUGACAAUAAACGUAGCACUUUAUUUAAGAAGAAAAAGAUCAAGGGAGAUGUUGAAGAUGAAAAAAGAGAUAAUAUGUAUGACAGAAGUAGAGAAAAUGUAAAUGGUGGUCCUAGACCUCCAUUAACAGAUGAUAUUAAUUCCAGUGACACAGUUUCUGCUCUCUCAGGCCAAUUUGCUAAUGUUGGGGGUGUUAUAAGGUCAGAAGUAGAAAACAAUGUAAACAAGUGGCUCAGAGAUUUGAAAACAGAAGAAAAGUCCUCUUACCAGAACUGCACUGAGGCCAGUAGUGAGAAAUGUAGGAACUCGUCCACUUUCAGAAAGGUGGACACUGAAGCUUCUAGUUAUAGAAGUUCCAGAUCUCAGAGAGAAGAAAUGAACAGUUCUACAACCCAUCAGUAUAAGAAUAAACUGCAAAGAACUUCUUCACAAUUUUCCUCUGCCUCUGCACAAGAAGAGAAGGCGUAUACAUUUACACAGUCAAAAGUGAGUGAGACAAGCUCUACAGAAGGAAGUCCAGAGCCAUGUUUUUCUAGAACUUCAAAAUCCUCUUAUAGCUCAGAAUCCUCCAAGCCUUCGACCAGAUUGUAUCACUUGGAAGAACAAGAAGAGGAGUCCAGAUUAGACAUGACUGAAUCUGGAGCAAAGAGAAAAUUCACCCAGAGUUUUGCAAAGUCUGAAGAGGGUACAGAAAAAGAAGAGAAUAUGGAAGAAAGCAAAGAGUAUAUUACAUCAAAAUAUUUAAUAAAAAACAGACAAAGCACUCAUAAGGAGGAAGAAGAAAUGGAUGAUGAUGCUAUCAUUGCUGCCUGGAGAAGUCGACAAGCAGAAACCAAAGCAAAGCUUCAGCGAAGGAGAGAAGAGUAAUGAAGAGUUAAGUCAUGCCAGUCCAUUUCUACCUUACGUUUGGAGGAAAGCCUUCCAAGUAUUUGUAAGCAUCCAAUGUUUAAACAGCACAUUUUAAUCAUUUUACUUAUAUUUCUUAUUCUCCUUUCUACUAAAUAGUACAUCAAGCACUAUUUAGGCCGGGAUUUUCAUUCAUUAAUUCGAUCAUUAUGGGAGUAAUCAGUAAUCUGAACUUCUAAUAUUCUUUUCUUUCUAAUUACAAAACCACAUAGUUAUUGCUUGUCUCUUGGGUGUAUCGAUGUAGAAAGUACUAAGGGUAUAAAUGUAAGGUUGGUUCCUAUGACAAGUUGGAACAAAAUAUCACUUUUGAGUCACAUAGGAAGAUUUUAAUUUUGUUUUCAAAGACAAUUUCAGAAAUAA